UUUCCCGUCAGAGUGAGACCUCCUCUUGCUCCGUGUGUGACAGCUGCUCGCCCGCUCGGUGAUUGUCGGUACCGGAGGACAUUUUGAGCCCGUGUGGUCGGUCAGCGCCGCGAUCUUGUCCCUGAUUACACCCGGAGCUCGGGCUUUGUGUUUCUAGCCGCCACAAUCCGCCCGUAUCGCAGUCUGAACACGCUCCUGCCGCCGCUGUCUCCUCGCCAGUGUUCACCUUAGCACCGUUAGCACAGUCCCAUGCUAGUGUUGUUAGCCCGCUAGCUCCGCUCUUCCCCGGCCUGGCCUCCGCUUCUCCACCUGCUCCUGCUCAACAGCCGGCCCCUCGGCGCAGACACAAUGGCUUUAAAGCGGAUUUCUAAGGAGCUAACGGACCUGUCCAAAGACCCUCCGGCGCAGUGCUCAGCUGGACCAGUGGGAGAAGAUAUGUUUCAUUGGCAGGCCACUAUAAUGGGUCCUCCUGACAGUCCAUAUCAAGGAGGGGUCUUCUUUCUCACUAUUCACUUCCCCACAGACUACCCCUUCAAACCACCCAAGGUGGCCUUCACGACCAGAAUCUACCACCCCAACAUCAACAGUAACGGCAGCAUCUGUCUGGACAUCUUGAGAUCGCAGUGGUCUCCAGCACUAACAGUCUCAAAAGUCCUAUUGUCCAUCUGUUCUCUGUUAUGUGACCCCAACCCUGACGACCCUCUAGUGCCCGAGAUCGCCCGCAUCUACAAAACCGACCCUGCUAGGUACAACAGACUAGCCAGGGAGUGGACAGAGAAGUACGCCAUGCUGUGAGGAUACAACAAGACAGCUCAGGACUGGACCCAAAAAUAUGCCAUGUGAACCCCGCUCCCCCACCCUCCUCUUCACCUUUGCGUUGACCUUUGACCUCUGGGUUGUCCUGACGAUGAAAUGCUUUGGAAGUGUGUGCUUUUCUUUUCUUGGGGACUUUUGGUGUGUUUGUGCCAACACGCAGGAGCCCGCCCUCGCGCUGCAUGUCUCACAAUCAUGUUUAUUUAAGUUGUUCUGGUUUUUAGUCGGAGAGCCGCUGUCACAGGAUUUUAUCAGUCAAUAAAACUGGCUCCAAAAUGGC